AGACUUCCCUCGAGUGACACGAAUUCAGCCGGUCGUUCAAUUCGUUUUGUCUGUUUCUCGCCGAACGGUUUCGUGUUUUUAGUGUUUUGUUGGAUUGUCGUUAUUGGUUUAUGAUUUUCCGAUUAUUGAGUAGCUUAUCUGCGAAGGUGCCGAGCAUUGUAUACAGGGCCGCAUUGAUAAUGAAGCCGCAAGUUGUAUUCGUGUUGGGCGGGCCUGGCGCGGGCAAAGGGACCCAGUGCGCCAAAAUCGUGGAGAACUACAGUUACACUCACCUGUCUGCCGGAGACCUGCUGAGGGCCGAACGGAACAGAGAAGGCUCAGAGUUUGGACAGCUCAUUGACAGCUACAUCAAGGAAGGCAACAUUGUCCCUGUCGAGAUCACCAUUAAACUACUCAGGAAGGCCAUGGAAGAGACUAUGCAAAUAGAUGAGAAGAAGUUUCGUUUCCUCAUCGACGGCUUUCCCCGAAAUGAAGACAACUUUAAGGGGUGGACCUCUGUCAUGGAUGGGAAGGCAGAUGUCAAAUUUGUGCUUUUCUUUGACUGUAGCAAUGAGGUCUGCAUUGACAGAUGUCUGGAGAGGGGGAAGAGCAGUGGGCGCAGCGAUGACAACAGAGAGAGUCUAAGGAAAAGGAUUCAGACAUUCCUGCAGUCGACACGGCCCAUUGUGUCCUUGUAUGAGAAACAGGGCAAGGUGCACACGGUGGACGCCUCACGCAGCGUGGAUGAGGUUUUUGCUGACGUCAAGGCCAUCCUGGACAAAGAGGGUUGAAACUCGGCCCACUGCCAAAAGCUGUACCAAUCUACUACUUUUAUUGUUAUCAACUUCAGCAGCACUACUCAGUUUAUAUGUCCAUUAAUGACUUUUUACUUGUGUUAUUAUUUUUGGGUGCGCUUCAUAUUUGUCAAAUGCCAAGUUUCUUGUAUGUGACUGACUGACUGAGUGACUGACUGAGUGACUGAUUGACUGCCUGAGUGAGUAAAGGAGGGAGGGAGGGAGGAUGUAGAUGAUCUGCUUAUAGGCUAAAGGCUAGAAGAAUUACUUUUAGCUAGCUGAGGCACUUUUUCAUUGUCAAGCAGAGUCAAAUGCUGUACUGUACCUGAACUAAAUUAAGUUUUUCUG